UCUCAUGUUUGUAAUCUCCCCGUAAACGAGUCCUCUUCCACGUGUUCUGAACGUCUUCUAAGAUGAAGUUUAGUAAGAGUGUCACUUCGUCAAGAAGAAAGUGCCGUAAGAGGCACUUUACGGCCCCUUCAAGCAUCAGAAGGAAGCUGAUGAGUGCACCUCUCUCCAAGGACCUCCGCAAUAAGUACCAUGUUAGGUCGAUGCCUGUGCGCCGUGAUGAUGAAGUAGUGAUCACCAGGGGACAUUUCAAGGGCCAACAACCCAGCAAAGUGUUAACUGUUUAUCGUAAGAGAUGGGUGCUUCAUCUUGAACGAAUCCAGCGGGAGAAAGCUAACGGAGCUUCUGUGAACGUUGGUAUCCACCCUAGCAAGGUGGAAAUUACUAAAUUGAAGCUGGACAAAGAUCGCCGCAAGAUUUUGGAGAGAAAGGCCAAGGCAAAACUUGCUGAAGAAAAGAAAGGAGCGGGAAAACACAAAGAGAAAGAUGUGCAGUCAAUGGACACUUCUUAACACUUUUGUGGAAUGGCGAAUGUUUUGAAAGAGAAAAUUGUGUUUACUCAA